GGCCGCGCUCAUCAUCGUUCUCUAAGAUCUCUUUUGAACCGCGAAAACCGGGCCCGAUCUUCUCCUCCACAGCGCUCACCGAGAAACCCCAUCACUCCACCGCCAUGCCGCGCCCGCUGGACCGCGCCACCUCCGCCACCGCCCUCAUCCUCCUCGCUGCCCACCUCCUUCUUGCCCUCGAACAUUCUUCGGCCCCCGCUUUCCUCCCUCUCGCCUUCUCCAAGCGCCGUCCUGACGAUGCCGAGCGCCGGCAACUCCGUGCUGAUCUGCUCCCCGAUCGCCCAAUCGCCCGCAUGAGGCUCUACGACGAUCUCCUCACCAAUGGGUAUUAUACUGCUCGCAUUUGGAUUGGGACGCCGCCGCAGGAGUUUGCUCUUAUUGUGGAUACCGGUAGCACGGUGACUUACGUCCCCUGCUCGCCGUGCGAUGGUUGCGGCAGCCACCAGGAUCCUCAAUUUCAACCUGAAUUGUCAAAAUCAUAUGAGCCAGUAAAGUGCAAUGCAGAUUGUACGUGCAAUGAGGAGUUGAUGCAGUGCACUUAUGAGAGGCAAUAUGCGGAAAUGAGCUCUAGCAGUGGGGUUCUUGGUAAGGACAUUGUGUCAUUUGGAAAUCAAAGCACACUUGAACCCCAACGUGCUGUUUUUGGUUGUGAAAAUUCUGAAACUGGCGAUCUCUUCAGUCAACAUGCUGAUGGGAUAAUGGGUCUUGGUCGUGGUGAGCUCAGUAUCAUGGAUCAAUUGGUUGAGAAGGGUGUGAUAAAUGAUUCAUUUUCUUUAUGCUAUGGUGGCAUGGAUAUUGGUGGGGGUGCAAUGGUUCUCGGUGGUGUAUCUCCUCCUCCUGAGAUGGUAUUUUCACGUUCAGAUCCCUUUCGCAGCCCCUAUUACAAUGUUGAUCUGAAAGAAAUACAUGUGGCUGGAAAGCGGCUGCAGAUAGAUCCUAAGGUCUUUGAUAGAAAACAUGGAACCAUCUUGGACAGUGGUACAACAUAUGCAUACCUACCAGAAGAGGCUUUCACACUGUUCAGAGAUUCUAUCAUCAAUAAUCUACAUCUCAAACAAAUUCCUGGUCCAGAUCCAAAUUACAAAGACAUUUGUUUUUCUGGUGCUGGAAGCGACACCUCCCAACUCUCGAAGACCUUUCCUCAGGUUGAUAUGGUAUUCGGAAGUGGACAAAAACUCUCUCUUUCUCCAGAAAACUACUUGUUUCGACAUUUGAAGGUCCAUGAUGCUUAUUGCAUGGGAUUUUUUCCAAAUGGAGAAGACCCAUCUACACUUUUGGGUGGUAUUAUUGUCCGCAACAUUCUGGUCACAUAUGACCGUCAAAACCGAAGAAUUGGGUUCUGGAAAACUAACUGUUCCCAUUUGUGGGAGGCACUGCAUAUGGAUGUUACACCUUCAUCUAUGCCUUCAGCUUCUCAUGAUAAGAAUUACACUGGAGAAAACUCUUCUGCAGCAUCUUCUAGUGCUCCGCAGAGCUAUAAUUUACCAGGUCAAUUUCAAAUUGGAGCCAUAACCUUUGAGAUCUCUUUGAGUGUGAAAUAUCCAGAAUUGGUGCCUCAUGAUGUGGAGCUCGCAGAAGUUAUUGCAUAUCAAUUGGAAGUUGAUGCAAAUCAGGUUCAUUUGCUGAACUUCACAAAUUUGGGCAAUUCUACCCUGAUAAAAUGUGCUAUCAUCCCUUCAGAUUCUACUAACUUCAUUUCUAAUGACACAGCCAUGAGCAUUAUUUCUCGUCUAGCUGAACAUCGGGUUCACCUUCCUAAAAAUUUAGGCAGUUAUCAGUUGGUUAAGUGGAAGGUUGAUCCACCAUUGAAAAGGAAAUGGUGGCAUGAGCAUUUAGUGCCAGUGAUUUUUGGCAUCUUAGUUGCUGCAGUGCUUAGCCUGUCAAUGUUGGUAGUAUUGCGGAGAUACAGAUGUAGAGUAUCAGGGACAUACACCCGUGUAGAGGCUACUUCUUCUGAGCAGGAGCUCCAGACUUUUUAGAUGAUCAAUGCUUCUUAGCCAGCAUCUCUUUGUGGCCUUUAUUCACGACAGAUUUAAAAGCUGAAGAUUUGUAUAAUCUUGGAGAAGCAGUAUACUGAUUGAAAAUGACCGAGAAUGCAAAGCACCUGAAGCUCCUUGGUUCUCAGGUUUUUAAUUGGGAGAACUAUAGAUGGAAGAUAUAAUGAAUUGGCGGCUGUUGCUUCCUGCCUGUUCUCUUUAUUUGCCUAAGAUGAUUUGUGCUGUUGGAAAGCUUUUCUCGAUCUGAGCUGAAAUAGAUCCACAGUACCACUUGCCAAGCAUAUUCAUAAUAAACUUCGCCAACAAUUAACAGUUAAAAGACAAUGUUCCUGAUUGCAUUCUGUUUAUCUUUUCUAGAUGUUUGAUGCUUAUUAAUACACUAUGUGUGAUAACUAUUUCUUAGUCCUUUCCUGCUGUAUGUUUGCUCUUAACUAUAUGUAGUUUCAGAUUCAGUUAGGCAAGUUCAUUUGAAGGCCAAAAUUUAA